AUUCAGAUCCCAGAGCGGAAAUGACCUCAUUUGAUAAGGCGCAAUUGUUCGUGAGGAAGCCCUUAAGUAAGCACUUGUUAAACUAUACUCCUUGCCAUUAGACUUUGGAAACACUCUAAUAACUCAUUGAGGAAGAGUUUGAACACUGGAUUCAAGUCAUGGCCUGCAGUUUGCUGCAUGUUUGAAUCCCGUUGUUUCUCCUCGGGGAAGCUCAAAACUUUCCUCGCGGCGAAACAAACAGGAAAAGUGUGGCAGCGUUACGCACCGAGGGAAAGUAUUCCAGCAAACACUCAGUAAAACGCGCCCCACGGGUGUUAUUUCCUCGUCCUGACUGGAUGAAAGGGGACCAGCCCUCCUGGGCUUCCUUUCUUUCUCCUUCCAUCUCUCAGCAGCGCACCACCCCGAUCUUUCAGCCGGAGUUUGAUGUGUGAACUCUGGGAGUCCCUCGGCACCGCGCGCGUGAGAGUUGCCAGGUCACUUUUCUCGCGUCCUCGGGUUUCCGUCAAUGUUUAAGGAAUGGAAAGUAUUCUGUUGGAAUUAUAAGCUCGGGGUCAAACGGGACAGAAGCAGAUAAAGUCGGAGGUUUUGGAUUCCUCGGCUUGGUUUAUAUGCACCGGUUCUCCGGAUCUACGGACGCUCUGCGCUGCGGUGGAAAGCCCGGGUCCAUGCGGCGCUUCUGGGUCACGGAUCAGCGGGCGGCUCGGUUCCAGAUCAUGUGGCUGCUCGUGUGCUCCUUCAUGGCGGUGCUGAGCGGUGAGAACUACGCCACACAGGCCCAGGUGAUGUCCUCCAGAGCCCUGAGGACCUCAAACACACGCAGCAGUGUAACAGACAGCAAUCGCCUCACAGACUUGUACCGGAAGGAAGAGGUCAUAAUGGUCAACGGAGGAGGUCACGUCCAGAGCCCGCGCUUCCCCAGCUCUUACCCCCGAAACCUGCUGUUGUCAUGGAAACUGCUCUCGCCGCCACACACACGCAUCCUGCUGGAAUUCGAUGCUCAGUUUGGACUGGAGGAGGCGGAGAAUGGAGUCUGCAGGUAUGAUUAUGUGGAAGUUGAGGAUAUUUCUGAAACCAGCACCAUCAUCUGGGGCCGCUGGUGUGGUCAAAGAGCUCCGUCACGGAUCAUAUCCAAAACAAACCUCAUCAAAAUCACCUUUAAAUCAGAUGAUUAUUUCGUAGCAAACCAGGAUUCAAAUCUGCUAUUCACUGCUGAAUAA